AAUUUACAACUUCAUUCUCACUCAGUCAAUCAUCGCACCCAUUUUAAAAAUUUUAAUAAAAUGUCAAAAGGAAUUCCAAUAAAAGAUGCUCUCAAACUUUGGGAAGAAAAAACUAAUAAAGUUGCAGUCGAGUCAGAAGAUAUUGGAUUGCAAAUUCAAUGGCCACCAAUUGAAAAAAUGGAUAAUACUUUGUCAACUUUAAUUGAAUGCAGAAAACUCAGUCUCUCAACAAACAUGAUUGAAAAAAUCUCUGGAAUAAGUGGAAUGAAGAACUUGCGAAUACUUUCAUUAGCUAGAAAUUCCAUAAAGAAUCUUCAAGGCAUAGAAGUUCUUAGUGAUACACUGGAAGAACUUUGGAUAAGUUAUAAUUUAAUUGAAAAACUCAAACCAAUUGAUCAAAUGAAGGUUCUGAAGAUAUUUUAUGUAUCAAACAACUCGAUUAAGGACUGGAUUGAAUUCAAUCGUAUGGGACAAGCACCCAACUUGGUGGAGAUUAGUUUUAUAGGAAAUCCUCUUUGUGAUACUAUGGAUGAGGGUACUUUUCGUGCUGAAGCAAUAAAAAAGCUACAAAAUUUAAAAAAGUUUGAUGGAGAACCUGUGAUAAGGGGAGUCUAAUUAAUUAAAUGUAAUUUUUAUUUAUUCUUUGUUAAUUGCUCCAACAUAUUAUGCGUCAUGAAUUUAUUCAAAUAAAAUAUGAAUCAAAAAAUUAGCCCACAA